UACAGCGAAUUGAUAACAUCGAAAAAUAAAAUUUUCAAAAGCUUUAAAUUUAAAAGGCAAGAAAGUCUACCUUAAGAUGACAGGACGCGGAAAGGGAGGAAAAGGAUUGGGAAAAGGAGGCGCCAAACGACACCGUAAGGUCCUGCGAGAUAACAUCCAGGGUAUUACUAAGCCGGCCAUUCGCCGUCUGGCCCGUCGUGGUGGGGUCAAACGUAUAUCUGGGUUGAUCUAUGAAGAAAUCCGUGGCGUACUAAAGGUAUUCUUGGAAAACGUCAUCCGUGAUGCUGUUACUUACACUGAGCAUGCUAAGCGUAAGACCGUCACUGCAAUGGACGUGGUAUACGCUUUGAAGCGCCAAGGACGCACCCUGUACGGUUUUGGUGGCUAAAAUCGUAAAUAUUCAAAGUAUGACUGUAGUGCGAUUGGAGUUAAUCGGAAUACUUAUAACGCAACGCAUUUAAUACACGACCUAACUAAUCUUGAACACUUGAGCAAAUCUAUGCAGUACUAAAUAA